UUUAGCUGUAUUACACGAUAAUAUUCGUCCUGAUUUGUGUUAGUAACUCCACUUCCGUUUUCGACGUUGCAGGAAGUGUUGCCCUGACUGGAGUGACAGCUGCCCGGCUGCACAUCUCUGGACCCCGUCAAGCAGCAAGUUGAGAGCUCCGUCGCAAAACGCUGAACAAAAUGGCGGUACGGGGAAUUGUGAUCGUUCUGUCUCUUUCCUUAAUAAACACGGCCAUCAGUUGGGACAAGAAGUGGACGUUCUUCGUCUUUGCACAACAAUGGCCUCCCUCUGUUUGCAAUUCCGCAUCACAUUUGAAGCACAAGUGUAAAGCCGUUCCCAACCAAGUGAAAACCUGGACUGUUCACGGCCUGUGGCCCAACCUUGGUAAAAAGAGCAUCGAAAACUGCAACCACAAAUGGCAUUUUAACUGGGACCAGAUCCAGUCUCUCGAAAAACAACUGAAUGCAAGCUGGCCCAAUCUUUUCAUCGACACGGACCACACGGGGCUUUGGAAGCAUGAAUGGACAACCCACGGCACCUGCGCUGCAACCCUAAAAGCCACGGACAACCAGUUGCGCUACUUUCAAAAGGCCCUAAGUCUCAACAGUAUUGCCGCAUUUAAUCCACAAAAGGCGCUUGAGAAGGCUGGCAUCACUCCAUCAUGUUCGAAGGCAUAUUCCAUUUAUGCCAUCCAAGCAGCUGUUAAGAAGUAUUUCAAGAUAAACACCUCCAUGACCAUAGCGUGUACAAGACAGAGACAUACGGGUCGCACGUUGUUGAUGGAGAUUCACAUUGCAUUGUUGAAGACUUUCAACGUGACUGCAAUGCCCAAGGAUGAAAUACUAUUCUGCAAACCUGCCGACAAAAUUUUCAUCUUCCCAGUCCACAAUAUCGAUUGUUUCUAAUAGAGAUUCAAUAGAGUGCUUACAGCAGGAAAUGCCUCCUCUUUUAGCAAACACCUGCUGUCAUCACUGAUUUUCAGUGAUCCAUUCAGUUUGCACCACAAUUUUGCUUUUUACGCCCUGUCUUUUUUACCUCAGUGUAUAUUAUAUGUAUUCCUGCAUCUGAAGCUUAAUAGUACAUACGUGUGGUAACACAAUUGUGUUAAUUUGUAUCGUAUAAUUUUUAUAUUUACAUAUUCUGAAGUAAACCCAUAGGAGGAAUGUGUGUUGUAUACAGUACACUUUGUAAUCAUAUCAGUGAUGAUGCGUAUACAUGUCCAACUUGUGACAAUCACUUUUUUUUUUGAUUUACCUUAUAAAAGGCGCUCCAUAACACUUUGUUAUGUAACCUGUAUCGUCCUGUUUCUAAUGAGCCGGCGGCCUCUUUACCGAAUAAAGAAUUCUUAAAAUUA